CCAAAUCCUACCGGGCAUCGAGGCUGGCACACGGCGGGGCACUGAGAGCUCUCUGCCCGCUCUGACUGCCCUGCUGCACCGCUGGUGGCGGGCUCUUUCUCUCCCGAGGCGUCUGCCGGCGAGACAUCGACUCCGCUAGACUUUCAUACCCUGUGGUGCUGGGCAGAGCGUUAUGGCUCAGACGCUGCAGAUGGCGAUCCCUAACUUUGGCAACAACGUCCUGGAGUGUCUGAACGAGCAGCGGCUGCAGGGCCUCUACUGUGAUGUCUCCGUGGUCGUCAAGGGACAUGCCUUCAAGGCCCACCGUGCAGUGCUGGCAGCCAGCAGUUCCUACUUCCGGGAUCUGUUCAAUGCCGGGGGGAAGAGCUCAGUGGUGGAGCUGCCCCCGGCUGUGCAGCCACAGAGCUUCCAGCAGAUCCUGGCCUUCUGCUACACAGGGCGCCUCAGCAUGAAUGUAGGAGACCAGUUUCUGCUCAUGUACACCGCCGGCUUCCUCCAGAUCCAACAGAUCAUGGAGAAAGGCACAGAGUUUUUCCUCAAGGUCUCCUCUCCAAGCUGUGACUCCCAGGGUCUCCACACUGAGGAGACCCCGCCUUCCGAGCCUCAGAGCCCCGUCACUCAAACGGUGGGAGGGGGCGGAGUCGGCAUUGUUGCCGCGACAGUAGGAAGGCCCGCUUCCUGUCUGACGCCCCUGCCCUUGGUGUCCAAAGUGAAGACUGAACAGACAGCCACCACACCUCAGCCAACUCCACAGCCGCAGCAGCAGGAGGGCUCCCCCUACUCUGUGGUCUGCACCCCCGUGGCCAAGCGACUAUGGGAGGGGGGCAACCGCGAUGGGGGAGGGGGGUCUGGAGGUGGCGGGGGAGGUGGAAUGAGGAAGGCUGCACGCUACUCUUCCUCCUCUUCUUCCUCCUCCUCUUCCAACACAAUUACCCAGGAUGCCUCUGGGCGUGGACCUGCAGUCAAUGCUGCCAUGGCGGGCAGCGGCGGCGCCACUUUAGCUGGAGGACUCAACAGUAACCAUAACAACAAUAACAACAACGGCGGGACCCCCGAAGGCACGAGCCCGGGCACACUGAGCAUGUACACCAGCGACUCGCCCAUCAGCUACCACGAUGACGAGGAAGAGGACGAUAUAGCAGAUGAGAGCGCCGAAGAGCAGUACAGACAGAUCUGCAACAUGUACACCAUGUACAGCAUGCUGAACGCCGGAGCAGCAGUGGUCGGGGAGCGGGUGGAGGCCCUGCCAGACUUGGCCCCAGACUCAGGGGGCGGUCGAGGGGGCAGAGGGGCGCGGUCCCGGCAGGACCUGGCAUCGCUGCCCGCCGAGCUCAUCAGCCAGAUCGGGAACCGCUGCCACCCAAAGCUGUACGAGGAAGGUGACCCGGCCGAGAAGCUGGAGCUGGUGAGCGGCACCUCCGUGUUCAUCUCCCGCGCCCAGCUCAUGAAUUGCCACGUCAGCGCUGGCACCCGCCACAAAGUGCUGCUUAGACGCCUGCUGGCCGCAUUCUUUGACAGGAGCACUCUGGCUAACAGCUGUGGAACUGGCAUCCGCUCCUCAACCAACGACCCCAGCCGUAAACCUCUGGACAACAGAGUGCUGCACGCCGUCAAAUUCUACUGCCAGAACUUUGCGCCGAGCUUCAAAGAGAGCGAGAUGAAUGCCAUCGCGGCCGACAUGUGCACCAACGCCCGCCGCGUCGUCCGCAAGAGCUGGAUCCCCAAGCUUAAACUGCUGAUGGCCGACAGUGACGCCUACUCUGCCUUCCUGGCUGACAGCGUGAAGAUGGAGGCUGACGCGCUGGGGGCGGAGCAAGGCUUUGACCCCGCCUCACUGGAAGCUGUGGCAACAGCAGCGGCGGCAGCCGCCAACAAUAAUGAAGCGGGAAGCGGGGCGACGCCAGCAGACGCCCUCCAGGGGGCGGGAGGAGAUGGCAGCACUUUGUUUUGAGUGAGUGAACGGACAGAUAGAUAGAAUGGACAGAUUGAUGAAAGGAGGGAUGGCAUUUCUCUGGGGUGAUGAGUAGAGAACGAUGGCCACUGUGGUCUUGAUGACAGUUAUCACUCCUCCCCAAGCUGCCACGCGUUUGGGGAUCUGUUUCUUCUCUUACACCUCUGUCGGUCAGUUUGUUCGGCUUUCCUUCCUUUGUUUGUCUACAGUUCUGUCUCUCUCCGCAGCGCAGAAUGAACCAUUUCGGGCUUUUCCUCAUUGCUCUUCUUCUGGUGGAGAGAGAUAGAAAGAAAUAGAGAAAGGUAGCAGAGGGAAGAGGUUGGUCCCCCCCACCUCUUCGUUCCUCUGCAACCUUUGGAGACCCGAUUGUUUCAGCCUUUAUUUUUUAUGUUUUCAAAGUGUUUACUGUCACUAAGGCCCUUUUCUUACCAUAAUCAAUCACAGACAUUCCCUGGGGAGGGGGGUGGGGAGGGGUAAUCCUUUUUUGGAGAAAGGGAUAUUUCUUUCCCCAAACUCCGGUAACACUGUUGUUUUGAUAUUGAAUGUAUGCGUGGCGAAGCAUCCGAAGUGCAGCGUUGUAAGCCAGUAAAGGCUGAGUAAGAUUGUGCCGAGCCCUUUUUUUUUUGUUUUUUGUUUUGUUUUGCUCUAUUUCAUCUGGACGGACAGAUGAAAGCUUCUCAGAGAGCGUGGCGUUGAUGGGGUCAGGAGUUGAAAAGGAAUAUUAAUAUGUAUAUUGGCAUGGUUUAUGAUCUCCUUGACCUCAGCCUGACCUCACCAACCCUGCUCUGUAACCCCUGCCUGGCACGCUGGGAAACUGACCCACCAGUCUUUAGAGAAAUGCUGCAGAUUUCAGACUUGACGGCAGCAUUUUGAUGAGCUGGUGAGCGUUCAGGUUUGUUAGCCAGUUUAGUGGCAGAUGAGAAAAUUUGCUUGACUAAAACCUUUUUCCCCCCGAACCUCCCCCACUUUUAACCCUUAAACCCUAAAAAAAAAAAACGAGUUUGUUUACUUUUUUGUGUUUCAUUUUUUUCCUUUGUGUGUGAUUUUUAAAAUUUUUUUUUUUUUGCCAAGGCUCCUGAGGGAGAGGAAACUUGUUACCGAUGAUUGUCAAAGAGUUUGCGCGUGAUAAAUGCACUGUGUUAUUUCCUGCGGUAUGAGUACAA